CUCUAGUGUCAGUGCAGCGCUGCUAUGGGAGAGACGUCAUAAUGUCAUAACGUCUCUCCUAAUGAGAGGAGCCGGCAGCCAGAGACGGAGGGCAGCGCAGCAGCGGUCUAGAAGCAGGAGCGGGGCUGACACCGCUGCUUCAUGUCUCUGAAUAACCCGGCAGGAUGGUCAUUUUACGGCAGGGCGAUUAUGUCUGGCUGGACCUCAAGACGGGGCGAGAGUUCGAUGUUCCGGUCGGAGCAGUGGUUAAGCUCUGUGACUCCGGUCAGAUCCAGGUUCUGGAUGAUGAAGGAAAUGAACACUGGAUUUCUCCGCAAAAUGCCACACACAUCAAACCAAUGCACCCCACCUCAAUCCACGGGGUGGAAGACAUGAUCCGCCUGGGAGAUCUCAACGAGGCCGGGAUCCUUCGUAACCUGCUCAUUAGAUACCGGGAUCACCUCAUAUAUACGUACACCGGAUCAAUUUUAGUUGCGGUGAACCCUUACCAGCUACUACCCAUCUACACCCCGGACCAGAUUCGCCUGUACACCAACAAGAAGAUCGGAGAAAUGCCGCCUCACAUCUUUGCCAUAGCCGACAACUGCUACUUCAACAUGCAGCGAAACAGUAAGGACCAGUGCUGUAUCAUUAGCGGCGAGUCUGGCGCAGGUAAGACGGAAAGCACCAAGUUAAUCCUGCAGUUCCUGGCAGCGAUCAGCGGGCAGCAUUCGUGGAUAGAGCAGCAAGUACUGGAAGCCAAUCCUAUCUUAGAAGCUUUCGGCAACGCCAAGACCAUUCGCAACGACAACUCCAGCCGGUUUGGAAAAUACAUCGAUAUACAUUUCAACAAGAAAGGGGCCAUCGAAGGGGCCAAGAUCGAGCAGUACCUGCUGGAGAAGUCUCGUGUCUGCAGACAGGCUCAGGAUGAGCGGAACUACCACGUCUUCUACUGUAUGCUGAAAGGGAUGUCUGCGGACCAGAAGAAGAAGUUGGGACUGGGCAAAGCCACCGACUACAACUACCUCUGUAUGGGGAACUGCACCACCUGUGACGGCAGAGAUGACAGUAAGGAAUAUGCCAACAUUCGAUCUGCCAUGAAAGUAUUGAUGUUUACUGAAACCGAGAACUGGGAGAUCUCCCGGCUACUGGCUGCCAUAUUGCACAUGGGCAACCUCCGCUAUGAAGCCCGCAUGUAUGAUAACUUGGACGCCUGCGAAGUGGUUUAUUCCACCUCAUUAACCACAGCGGCGACACUGCUGGAGGUUGAGCCUCAAGACCUGAUGAACUGCCUCACGAGCCGGACCAUUAUCACCAGAGGGGAGACCGUGUCCACCCCCCUCAGCAUGGAGCAGGCUCUGGAUGUCAGGGACGCCUUUGUUAAGGGAAUAUACGGCCGCCUGUUUGUGUGGAUUGUAGAGAAGAUCAACGCGGCUAUUUACAGACCUCUAUCCAGUGAACCGAAAGUCCUCAGGAAAUGCAUCGGGCUGCUGGAUAUAUUUGGGUUUGAGAACUUCACUGUAAACAGCUUCGAGCAACUCUGCAUCAACUUUGCCAACGAGAAUCUUCAGCAGUUCUUUGUCCGACACGUCUUCAAGUUGGAGCAGGAGGAGUAUAACUUGGAGAACAUCAACUGGCAGCAUAUUGAGUUCACGGACAAUCAGGACGCCCUGGAUAUGAUCGCCAUCAAACCCAUGAACAUCAUCUCGCUCAUCGAUGAGGAGAGCAAGUUUCCCAAGGGUACAGACACCACCAUGCUGAAUAAGCUCAACAACCAGCACAAACUGAACACCUAUUACAUCCCACCGAAAAACAACUAUGAGACGCAAUUUGGGAUCAGCCACUUUGCCGGCAUUGUGUACUAUGAAACCAAAGGAUUCCUGGAGAAGAACCGGGACACCCUCCACGGGGACAUCAUACAACUGGUUCACUCCUCCAAGAACAAAUUCAUCAAGCAGAUCUUUCAGGCUGACGUGGCCAUGUUUCUCUGUGGCUAUCUCAGCAGUGCUUUUGGCCAAUCAUCUACCCCUCCUGCAAAGGGGGCUGAGACCAGGAAGCGCUCGCCCACCUUGAGCAGUCAGUUCAAGCGUUCUCUGGAGCUGCUGAUGAGGACGCUAAGCGUGUGUCAGCCCUUCUUUGUGCGCUGCAUUAAACCCAAUGAGUACAAGAAGCCUUUGCUGUUUGACAGAGAGUUGUGUAUCCGCCAGCUGAGGUACUCAGGAAUGAUGGAGACCAUCCGAAUCCGCAGGGCAGGAUACCCCAUACGUUACACCUUUGUGGAGUUUGUGGAUCGAUAUCGAGUGUUAAUGCCGGGAGUGAAGCCUGCGUACAAACAGGGGGAUCUGCGAGGGACGUGCCAACGUAUAGCGGAGUGCGUGCUAGGGAAGGACGAUGAUUGGCAGAUAGGCAAAACAAAGAUUUUCCUGAAGGACCACCACGACAUGCUACUGGAAAUCGAAAGAGACAAAGCUAUCACUGACAAGGUCAUCCUCAUCCAGAAAGUGGUGCGGGGCUUCAAAGACAGGUCCAAUUUCUUAAAAGUCCGAAAAUCUGCUUUGCUGAUCCAGAGAUACUGGCGAGGGCAUAACUGCAGGAAGAACUACACCGUGAUGAAGAUAGGUUUUCUGCGGCUUCAGGCCUUGUACCGCUCCAGGAAGCUUCACCAGCAGUACCAUAUCGCUCGCAAACGUAUCAGUCACUUCCAGGCACGGUGCCGUGGUUACCUAGUGCGAAAGGCUUUCAGGCACCGGCUGUGGGCUGUGUUCACCAUUCAGGCCUACUCCAGGGGGAUGAUUGCACGACGACUGUACAGGCGCCUUAAGGGAGAGUAUUACCGGCGCCUGGAAGCGGAGACGAUGCGCGUGGCCGAGGAACAGCGCCUGAAGAAGGAGAUGAGUGCGAAAAAUGCCAAACAGGAAGCAGAGAAGAAUCACCAAGAGCGCCUGGCCCUGCUGGCCCGUGAAGAUGCGGAGAGAGAGGUGAGGGAGAAGGAGGAAGCCAGAAGGAAGAAGGAACUGCUGGACAAGAUGGAGAAGGCCAGAAAUGAACCAGUAAAUGACUCUGACAUGGUGGACAAAAUGUUUGGCUUCCUCGGGAACACAACAUCGCUGCCAGGGCAGGAGGGACAGGCUCCGACCGGUUUUGAGGAUCUGGAGCGAGGUCAGGGCCAAAUGGAGGAGGAGGAUUUGGACGAUACUCCGCCGCUCCCAGAAGAGGAAGAAGAAGACCUUUCCGAGUACAAGUUUGCAAAGUUUGCAGCCACGUACUUCCAGGGCACCACCACCAACACCUACAUCCGGAGACCCCUAAAACAGCCCUUGCUCUACCAUGAAGAUGAAGGUGACCAACUGGCUGCACUUGCUGUCUGGAUUACUAUUCUCCGCUUCAUGGGUGACCUACCAGAGCCAAAGUACCACACGGCCAUGAGCGACGGCAUGGAGAAGAUCCCUGUGAUGACAAAGAUCUACGAGACCCUGGGGAAGAAGACCUAUAAAAGAGAGCUUCAGGCCCUACAAGGAGAGGGGGAGAACGCGCACAUUGACAGCCAGAAGAGGAACAGUGUCCGGCACAAGCUGGUCUCGCUCACUUUAAAGAAGAAGUCGAAGUUAACAGAGGAGGUGACUAAGAGACUUCAUGACGGAGAGUCCACCCUGCACGGGAACAGCAUGCUGGAAGAUCGCCCCACCUCUAACCUGGAGAAACUCCAUUUCAUUAUCGGGAACGGCAUCCUGAGGCCUGCGCUACGGGAUGAAAUCUACUGCCAAAUCUCCAAGCAGCUCACCCAGAACCCCUCCAAGAGCAGCCAUGCCCGUGGCUGGAUCCUCAUGUCUCUGUGCGUGGGAUGCUUCGCCCCCUCAGAGAAAUUUGUCAAGUACCUCAGAAACUUUAUCAAUGGCGGCCCCCCGGGAUACGCUCCUUACUGUGAAGAGCGCCUGAGAAGGACGUUUGCUAAUGGUACCAGGACGCAGCCCCCAAGCUGGCUGGAGCUUCAGGCCACCAAGUCCAAGAAGCCGAUCAUGCUCCCGGUGACCUUCAUGGAUGGGACAACGAAGACCCUUCUCACUGACUCGGCCACCACAGCCAAGGAGCUCUGCAACUCACUGUCAGACAAAAUCAGCCUGAAAGAUAGAUUUGGGUUCUCGUUAUACAUAGCGCUGUUCGAUAAGGUGUCCUCGCUGGGCAGUGGGAAUGACCAUGUGAUGGACGCUGUGUCUCAGUGCGAGCAGUACGCCAAGGAGCAGGGGGCGCAGGAGAGGAACGCACCCUGGAGACUCUUCUUCAGGAAGGAGAUCUUCACCCCAUGGCACAACCCUACCGAGGACAACGUUGCGACCAAUCUCAUCUAUCAGCAGAUUGUCCGGGGGGUGAAGUUUGGAGAGUACAGAUGUGACAAGGAGGAGGAUCUGGCGGAGCUGGCGUCACAGCAGUAUUACGUUGACUAUGGCUCCGAGCUGAUAAUAGAGAGAUUACUAAAUCUCAUCCCAUCCUACGUCCCAGACCGAGAGAUCACACCCUCCAAAAACGUGGAGAAAUGGGCUCAGCUAAUAAUCGCAGCACAUAAAAAGGGCAUAUACGCCCUCAGGCGAUCGGAUGCCCAGAAAAUCAAGGAGAACGUAGUGGACUUCGCUCGAUUCAAGUGGCCUUUGUUGUUCUCUAGGUUUUAUGAGGCCUUCAAGUUCUCAGGACCAAGUUUGCCCAAGAAUGAUGUGAUUGUGGCUGUUAACUGGACCGGGGUCUAUUUUGUGGAUGAGCAGGAGCAGGUUCUCCUGGAGUUGUCCUUCCCGGAGAUUAUGGCUGUGUCCAGCAGCAGAGGCGGUAAGCUGCAGGGGCAGAGUUUCACCCUGGCCACCAUUAAGGGAGAUGAAUACACCUUCACUUCCAACAAUGCAGAAGACAUCAGAGACCUGGUGGUGACCUUCCUGGAAGGACUGAGGAAAAGAUCUAAAUAUGUGGUGGCCCUGCAGGAUAACGCUAACCCUGCAGGAGAAAAUUCCGGAUUCCUCAGUUUUCUGAAAGGAGAUCUAAUCCUUCUGGACCAGGACACCGGUGAAACGAUAAUGAAUUCAGGCUGGGCUCACGGGUACAAUGAAAGGAGCAAACAGAAAGGGGACUUCCCUACGGAGAUUGUGUACGUCAUGCCGACCGUCACAAAGCCUCCUAUGGAGGUUGUGUCGUUAGUUACGAUGACGCCAGACCAGAAACAGGAUGUAGUGCGGACAGUCCAGAUGGCCACAUCGGAGCAUGAGGAAAAGGUGAAGCCGUACACGCUGGAGGACUUCUCCUACGACUACUUCAGGCCGCCUCCGAAGCACACGCUGAGCCGCGUGAUGAUCACUAAGAACCGAGGAAAGGACAAGUUGUGGUGCUACACCCGGGAGCCUAUCAAACAGGCCCUCCUGCGGAAGGUGUUACUGAGUGACGAGCUGUCGCAGGAAGCCUGCAUGGCCUUCAUCGCUAUAUUAAAGUACAUGGGAGAUUACCCGUCCAAACGUAUGCGCUCAGUCAACGAGUUGACAGAUCAAAUCUUCGAAGGUGCCUUAAGAGCCGAGCCACUGAAGGAUGAGAUCUACUGUCAGAUCCUCAAGCAGCUCACCGACAACCAUAUCAAGUACAGCGAAGAGAAGGGCUGGGAACUCCUCUGGUUGACCACCGGCCUCUUCCCACCCAGCAACCUCCUCCUGCCUCAUGUGCAGCGAUUUAUCCAGACCCGCAAGCAGCACGUCCUGGCGGCGGAUUGUAUGCACCGGCUGCAGCGGGCUCUCCGGAACGGCUCCAGAAAGUAUCCGCCACAUUUGGUUGAGGUGGAAGCGAUCCAGCAUAAAACCACCCAGAUUUUCCACAAAGUGUACUUUCCCGACGACAUGGAUGAGGCGUUUGAAGUAGAAUCUAGCACCAAGGCCAAGGAUUUCUGCCAGGAUAUUGCUAACCGGCUGCUCCUGAAAUCCCCGGAAGGCUUUAGUCUGUUUGUGAAGAUUUCCGAUAAGGUGAUAAGUGUCCCAGAAGGAGAUUUUUUCUUUGACUUUGUCCGACAUCUGACAGACUGGAUAAAGAAAGCCCGACCUUCCAAGGACGGAAUUGUGCCUUCUCUCACCUACCAAGUGUUCUUUAUGAAGAAAUUGUGGACGAAUACUGUUCCCGGAAAGGACUCGAUGGCUGAUUCCAUCUUUCACUACUAUCAGGAGUUACCAAAGUACCUACGUGGGUACCACAAGUGCACCCGGGAAGAUGUCCUGCAGUUGGCCGCUUUGAUCUACAGGGUCAGGUUUGAAGACGACAAGUCCUACUUCCCAAACAUCCCCAAAAUGCUGAAGGAACUGGUCCCCCAAGAUCUUAUCCGGCAAUUAAAUCCAGAUGACUGGAAGAGGUCCAUUAUUGCCUACUUCAAUAAACAUGCCGGGAAGACCCGAGAGGAAGCCAAAAUUGCCUUUCUGAAGAUAAUCUUCAAGUGGCCAACGUUCGGAUCAGCUUUUUUUGAAGUUAAGCAAACCACUGAGCCGCAUUUCCCUGAAAUUCUCCUGAUCGCGAUAAACAAACAUGGCGUCAGCCUGAUAGACCCCAAAACAAAGGAUAUCCUGGCCACACAUCCCUUCACCAAGAUCUCCAACUGGAGCAGCGGGAACACCUACUUCCACAUAACCAUCGGGAAUCUGGUGAGAGGCAGCAAGUUGCUGUGUGAGACUUCUCUGGGGUACAAGAUGGACGACCUGUUGACAUCUUACAUCAGCCAGAUGCUGACGUCAAUGAGUAAACAGAGAGGGGCGAAAGGCAGCAAGUGAACUGAGCGUGACCGCUGGUGCCUUGCCGUUGACCUAAUUCGCUGUUCGAAGUCUGUGGGGUACCCCUGCAGCUGGGGCAAGACGUUCUCUCCCCAGGUCUGGAAUAUGAGCAGGGCGGAAUCCCAAAUCUCAUCUGAUUCAGACACAGAAGGUUCUAGCGCACCAUCCAGCGAGGAUGACUACCUGUGACUCAGCCCUGAGCGGUGGACACUUAUGUUGGGAGACGCAUUGAUUAAGACUUUACUAUUUUGCAAGGAAGGAGCCUCUGCAGAGAGAGGCAGAGGUCACGUAUUUAUUUUAUCGGUGGAGCCACAGAACAGGACCCACCCACCCCAUACAUGUUCCAUCUGCAAGAGUCCAUGGGAGAGGUCAUACAAGGAGAACAUGUCCACCUGGAUUUAAUGAAACAGAUUAUAAUAUAUUUCAAAUCACAGUGUCCUCUCAGGGUCGUACAAUAUUUGAGAGCAAAUUUGACAAGAUAUAUUAUUUAUUUAACUUAAAUAUGACGUACCAUAUUGUUUUAAAAUUUUGAAUUUGAAAAAAAAUAUGAUUGAGAAAAGAGAAUUGGAUCCUCUAAGUUUUUUUGUGUGCGUAUAAUAUCUGCACGAGACCCUAUCCGGAAGGACAGUGUUACACAGGGAUAAUAUUCUGUUCCAAAAGUGUUUGUGAGGAUGAGCCAAUGGUUUCUAGGAUAUGGAAAGCCAAUAAAGCAAUCUUAGAGAGAAGACAUCAUUUUGGUUCCCUGCUCCGAGGUUUGGCAAAUGCUGCUGGUCCUGUGGGUCUGGAACUGGCAGGCAUGCCAUAAAGAUAAACAAUGUUCCUAUCUCUUCUCAUUCUUCUCUUUGUUGCGGAAAUAAUAAAUUAUUUGGAUUUUAACAUUU